GUUUGUAAGUUGUGAAUUUCUCAUGAGUUAAGUUCUGUGUUGUUUAAAUAAAGUGAUAAUGGUUAAAGUUAAGAAUAAGAAGCGCAGUGGCGCAGACAAAAUCUCCUCCAAGAGAAACCGCUCGCAAAAAGUAUUAAAUCCGUUUGAGGUUCACAUUAAUAAUGAGAAAAUCAAAGUGCUUGGAAGAAAACUUAAAAAUGAUCGCGGUUUACCAGGAGUUGCUCGUGCUAAAGCUCUGGCAAAACGCAAACAUACAUUGCUACCAGAGUACAAAAUGCUAAAUAAAAGCAAUACAUUUCAUGACAAGAGAAUAGGUGAAAGAGAUUCAGGUUUAUCUGCUGAAGAUAAAAGCAUGGCAAGGUAUACAGCUAUGAGAGUUAAGCAGCACAAUAAAAACAUCUUUAAUCUUGCUGAUGAUGAGGUGCUCACACACAAAGGGCAAACACUGAGUGAAAUUGAAAAGUUUGAUGAUCCAAAGUCUGAGGAUGAGGAUGAGGAAGACAGUGGAAAGUUAGACUCCAAGUUUGUGAGAGAUGUGCAUUUUGGUGGUGGCAUGUUGAAGAAAGCUGAUGGUGCCAAGUCUCAUAAGGAUUUAAUUGAACAGUUGAUUAUUGAGAGUAAGAAGAGGAAAGCAGAAAUGCAGAAGCAAAAAGCAACAGUUGAGUUGACUGAAAAGUUGGACUCAGAGUGGAAGGAUUUGCUUCCAUUGGUUAACAAGAAUAAGAAGUCAAGUGAAGUUGACAGCAAGGCAGAAGUGGAUGAUUAUGACAAAGUGAUGAGAGAGCUGAAGUUUGAAGCAAGAGGUACUCCAUCAGACAAGUUGAAAACUGAGGAUGAAAUAGCCAGAGAAGAUAAAGAAAAAUUAGAGAAAUUAGAGCGUGAAAGGUUGGAAAGAAUGCAUGGAGUUUUCGACAAACCGAAAACUUCCAAACAUAGAAGCGCGGACGAUUUAGACGAUAAUUUUGCGUAUGAUGACGAAGAAAUUGAAGAGGUUACACUGUCUUAUAAUCAGGAAGGCAAAUCGAAUGUUUUGUUAAAUAUUAAAAUCAACAAUAAAGACGAAGAUGCUAUUGAUGGUGAAAGUAAUGCUUUUGAUCCUGAUAAUGACAAUGCAGAUGAUGAUAAUGAAGAUGAUGAUGAAGAAGACGAAUCAGAAGCUGAAACUGAUGAUGAUUUAUCUGAUUUAAAAGCAUCAGACUCUGAAAGUGAGGAUGAGUUGGAACAAUUAAAAGAAAAGCAAGUAAAAGUGGUGGAGGAGGAAGAAGAAGUAAAAGAAGAUGAUGAAUUGGAGCAAUCACAAGAGGAAGAAAAAGAGAAGAAGAUGAUGAACAGGAACCGACAGAAAACGAUUGCGAUUUUGAAUUGCAGGAAACUGAAGAGAAAGAAGAAGAAAGUGAUGGUGAACAAGAGCAGGCAGAAGAGGGGACUUGAAGAUAAUGCAUUAGAGCAAGAGGAUGAUCUUGAGAAGUCUGAAGAAGACCAAGAAGAUGACAAUGAACCAAAACCAACAUCAAUACAAUUAACUAAAAAGGUAAAACCUAACAAUUCAGAUGAAACUUCAACGAUUCCUUCUACUAAAAUAAAAAGUGGAAUAUUAAAAAACACAAAUAAAGAACCAAUUGAAGAUAAACCAAUACCUCCGAAAACUACCGAAGAAAUAAAAGAAGAUCUCAUUAGAAGAAAAGAAAUAAUGGAAAUAGCUCGCAAUGAAUUACCCUACACUUUUAAAUUACCAGAAAAUUACGAUAAACUCUACGGUAAACUACACGGUAAAUCUCCGGAACAUCAUGCCGUUAUCAUUGAAAGAAUGAUCAAAUGCAAUCAUCCCAGUCUUAAAGAAGGCAACAAAGAUGCCCUUGGAAUGUUAUUCGUUUAUUUAUUGCAGUAUUUUAACGAUUUAUGCACUGAAAUUGAGAGUGAAGUCGAGUUGAAAAAUAUGUUCCAAAUAUUCUUCAAUUUGACGCCAUUUUUAUAUGAUUUAGCAGAUUUAAAUCUUGAAAAUGCCGCGACAAGUCUAGUUGAAGUCAUUAAAGAGAAACAGGGUGAGUUUAGGGGAAAGAAGAGUUAUCCAGGCGUUGAGGUGUUGGUGUACUUGAAAUUGGUGGGUUAUUUUUCUACGUCUGAUUUUCAACAUCAUGUUGUCACACCGUGUGUGAUGUUUAUGGAACAAAUGUUGUUCAGGUCACGUGUUAAGACCAAGCGUGAUAUUGCGUAUGGAUUGUUCCUUCUUUGCAUACAUUUAGAGUAUACUAAAUUAUCUAAACGUUUUCUACCAGUAACAAUUUGUUUUCUGAAUGGGAUUAUCCACAUGGCGAUACCAAAAAGCACUGUAAAAAUCCUAAAAGUUUUACCACCGUUCAAAUCGCAAUCAUCGCUUUUAGUUAUGACUGAUCAUUCAACUUUAAAUGUUCAAUCACCGAAAAUGAACGUGAUUGAUUUGUUAAAAACUGAUGAAAACUCUGAAAUCACCGAAGAUUUCAAACACAACACACUGCACGUGGCAGUUUCCCUCUUAAAAGACUUCUAUACACAAUUACUAGACCUACCAUCUUGUUAUGAAAUAUUUGAACAGAGCUACAAAUAUUUACAACAAAUUCCAUUAACAUACUAUAAUGAUAUUUUAUCUAAUGAAAUACGAAAUUUUAUUACCACUAUUGAAGAGUACAAAGGCAACAGAAAGUUGGAGUUUUUGCAGUUGGAUAAAGUGAAACCAAAGGCUUUGCGUCUCUAUGAUCCUAGUAUUGAGAAGGUUUAUGAUGCCAAGAAGCAUAAAGUACAAAGUAAAGAAAAGGCAGAACGCGAUAAACUCAUAUACAAACUGAAAAAGGAGAAGAAAGGCGCAAUGCGUGAAAUACGCAGAGAUAAAGCUUAUUUGGGGCGUGUUAAGUUGGAUAGAAAGUUACAAAGCGAUGCUGAACGAAGGGACAAAGUUAAACGCAUCUUCUCCGAAGCGGCUAUGCAACAGUCCGAGCUUAAUGCCAUGGACAGAGGCAAUAAACGCAAGAAGAAAUAAGGUAAUAUUUGUUUAUUAUUUAAUAAAUAUUUUGUAAAUUAAAUUAAAUUCCUAUGUAACCAUAUAUUAACUGAUUGUUCAAUCAGUCCGAUGACAAUACAGAUGUUGAUGGUGCAUACAUAACAUAACCCCAAAAUGA